ACGUAAUAUUCAAGCGCCGACAUCAGUGUUUAGAAAACGCUAUGUGUGCGACACCGCCCAUCUAGAGUCUUUCUAUGACAUUUAUCUAUUUUUCCGUUAUUAAAAACAAUUGCAAACAUGCACAGGUUUGUCAGACCUCAGCUUAUGCUUCGUGAUUCUAAACAGCCAUUAUUACCGAGAGCGGGUCACCUUUGUACAAAUCACAAAUCUGUUGUGUCCAGUGUAAGGGGAUAUGUUGUAUUGCCUCCCACCAGUGAUGAAGAAGAAAAAGCCAUGCUUCACAGGAUGAUGAGAGUGGACCAUGCGGGAGAAUAUGGUGCCAACCGAAUCUACGCUGGUCAGAUGGCUGUUCUUGGCCGUACACAAAUCAGUCCACUCAUUCAGGAAAUGUGGGAUCAAGAGAAGCAGCACCUGAGAAAGUUCAAUGAGAUACUGGCUGAGAACAGAGUGCGUCCAACCCUCCUGCUUCCGCUGUGGAACAUAGCAGGAUUUGCUCUUGGCGCUGGCUCUGCUCUCUUGGGAAAGGAAGGGGCGAUGGCCUGCACUGUGGCUGUAGAGGAGAGUAUCUCAGAGCACUACAACAGUCAGAUCAGAACUCUAAUGGAGAAAAAUUGCUUCUACGUUUCACUCAUGCAUACUAUGUAA